GCCUGUGCACUGACCAACCAGGGAUAGUUUUGGGUAUUUCCUCAUUCUUUGGGGAGAAACUCCUAUUUGUUUAAUGGAAUCUAUCACUCGAGAACAUUUCUGUACCUUUCUGAAGCUGGUACAGGGAGAGAGGAAGUAUAAAACUUAAAGCCAGCUAAAAAAAUCAUUCUGCUGUUUGACAAGCUGAAGCAUUGGCAGCCAUUUUAAUCCUGUAAAGCCAGGGGAGAGCUACAAUGUGCACUGGGAAGUGUUCAAAGUGCAUUGGAGUCGUGCUGUUCCCAUUAGCUAUCUGUGCCAUAAUCUCCAAUAUUCUCCUGUUCUUUCCCAAUGGAAAUGUUUUAGACCCUAAAAACAUAACUGAUUUGGUCUGGUAUUUCCAUGGCAUUCUUGGAGCUGGAAUAUUGAUCAUUUUGCCAGCAUUUAUGAUGCUGGGUGCAGGUGGAGCUGGAUGCUGUGCUAACAGAUGUGGGAUGCUGCUCUCUAUGCUGCUGGCCGUGUUGGGCACUACAGGAGGGGCAUACUGUGUGGUCAUCUCAUCCUUGGGGUUGAUUAGAGGGCCUUUUUGUGACAUUGGUAAUGGAAACUAUAGCUACCCUUUCCAGAAUGACUCCUUGACAGACAAUUAUUUGUUUAAUCAGACAACGUGGAGCAUUUGCAAAAAACCAGAAAACAUUAUUAUUUGGAAUAUUGUCUUGUUUUCUCUUCUCCUCGGAAUUGGUAUAAUUGAAGCUGUUCUUUGCCUUAUUCAAGUCAUCAAUGGUCUUAUUGGGUUCAUAUGUGGCACAUGCAUGAGGAAAAGAAAAACAGAUAUUGCUGGAAUGUAAAUCACCUACAAAGAAUGCCAGUGACAAGCACAGACCUGUGGGGAUACAUGUAUAAUCAUAAUGUGUUGAUGUAUUUGUGGGGACAGAGGGACCCUGAAAUGUUCAGGAGUUUCAGAAAAACUCCAGAACAUUUUAUAAAGAUAUCUGGGUGGGAGGGGAUGGAUUAGCUAGAACUUUUGAGGUUUCAGAUUCUUUUUUGUCUCCUCUAAGUACCCAGGUAAAGUCUCUGGUACUGGCAACAUGACACUGUCUUUUCAAGAGUGCCUGGCAUGGACUAAAUAUUCAAUCACAAAUAUUCUCCAGUUAAAAUUGACUGCUUACCCAUCAAGUGCUGCCCUGUGUAUCAAGCAUGUCACUCGGAAGUGCUGACUGUUGUAUGUGGGAAUCUGUACUGACUAAUCAUUCUAAUAUAAAGAUUUAUCAGCGCUGCUGAUCUCAUCCACUCUGGCUGGGUGUCUAAAGAUGCUCUUUAAUGCUCCCCAAACCCUGUCCUGGUGUAAAACAGUGUUGGAUUCUCUGGCAGUGCUCUGUGUUUGCUGUGUUGUAACUGUGUCCGUUCCAGUAUAUGAGAGAGACAAGAUGGGUGAGGUAGUACCUUUUAUUGGGCCAACUUCUGUUGGUGAGAGAGACAAGCUUUUGAGCUCAUCUUCAGGUCAUGCUCUGUCUAUUCAUAUCACUUUGGCACAUAAGCACUAGUCAUUUAAAGGUCUAGCUCAGAAAGGGAAUUUUUGAAACCUCGCAGAUGCCAUGUUGCUUAAAUAGCAGCAAUAUUUGUAGCACUAUGGAGGCCCUGAGUAGCAGGCAGUUGGCCAGUUUCUGACCUGCUUUAAGCUCUGUGGAGCCAGCCUCGACUCACACUUCUGUGUGUGCUAUAGGAGGCUGGGGUGGUAUAUAGAGUGCCAAUACAUCACUGAAAAUUAUCCCUUCAAAGGUAAUAAUGCUGCAUAUGGGGCAGCGCUAGAGGUGCAUUAGGCCCAACAUGCAAGGUUUUUUAUAUAGCACCCCAUUAGCCAGUAAUUAACCUUGUUUUACAAUAAGGAGGAAAACUUUAGGGCCAAUUAUGCUGUCAGAUGUAUGGACAGGGCUCUCAGUCACUUUCAAGGGAGUCUGAGGUACACAUCCUCAUGUAGAACAUAUUCACACUCAAUAUUUAAUUUUUUAAAAUUGCAUUUCUAAUCAUUAUUGUGCAUGGUUUUCUGGUAAAUUGAAGCUAGCUCUGAGAGGCACCAAAUGGCAUCAUUCUCAGUGCUACAGCAAGCUUGGAUCCCACAAAGUGCGGAGCAUGAGAUCAAGCCCUAAAUACUAAAUUCAUGUGAUUGGUAAAUUCCAGAGAAUCUGUGAUGACAGGAGUGAAUUCUUUGUCAUCUCAAUGGCCACUUCAAAGGUGAAUUCUUACAAUUGCCACUGAUUCUUCUGCUCAAAAACAAAAAGUAUUAAGAUAUUUUACAUAUAUAUCAGAAACUAUUUAUAACUGCAUAAGUAUAAAGUUAAGUUAUUUUGGAUCUGUUUUGCAAAAGGAGGGACUUUUUUUCCUCUUUCAAAAAAGUUUUGACUACUGCAUGGGAUGACACAGGUGGGCAUUUUCCUAUUGUCCAUUAGAAAUUUGCACAAAGGAGUAUUUGGUAACUCGUACUGUUGCCUGGUAUAUGCAUGCAGAUCCCUCAAAUGAGGAAAUAAAUGCUAGUAAUGUUCAUGCUCUUGGCAGGUGCAACUUAAGCACCGAUAUUUGAAAUUUUCACCCAUAGUGGUUUAAAGCAGGUUUUUUUUACAUAAAAAGCAAGAGAAAUACACAGGUUGGCCAAGGUUUUCAAACACAAAUGAGGGAUUUGAAUGAAACCAAAUUGUGUAAGUGACUCUGAAAAUUCCAGCUGUUACAGGCAAUGGAGUAUGCAUGAUGAUUAGAGAUGUAGUUUACAGUACUACUGUCCCAUUUACUGCAGCAACCUUUUUAUUUUAAAACUGCUGAAAAAUGAAAUAAAAUGCUGGGCUUUCUUUGGCUA